AGCUCCUGUACAAAAUUUCAUUAGUCAGCAACAAUGAGAAUAUCCUCAGUCAUAACCAGAACCUCCUUUUAGAUAUCCUUUUAUUUUAUAAAAAUUAGGAGAAAAGAAAACCCUAAAUUCUUUCACCAUCUCUCGCUCGCCCUCUGUGUCACACUGCAGCGAAAAUGAGCCACUCUUUAGCCAACUGUGAAGCUUUUUCUUCCACUUCCAUUUUCUCCAGCAAAUCAAUUUCUUACAGCUUACCCUUUAUCUCCAAAUCGAGUAAUUUGGGUUUAUUUACUCAUAAAAAUCACAAGUUUUCUUCUCUAAAUCUCCAGCCAUGGCAGCCACGGCGGAGCCGCCACACAAAGCGGUGCCACCGAGUCAGCUCUGUCCGUUGCAGCGCGGAAAUGACGACGAAGGUUUUAACAGAAACUCCCAAAGUAGGCAAACGCACAGAUUUAAAGAAAAUUAUGAUUCUUGGAGCAGGUCCUAUUGUCAUUGGGCAAGCUUGCGAGUUCGAUUACUCAGGUACUCAAGCUUGUAAAGCAUUGAAAGAAGAAGGAUACGAUGUCAUUUUGAUUAAUUCGAACCCGGCUACUAUUAUGACCGACCCGGAUAUGGCAGACAGAACUUACAUUACGCCAAUGACGCCGGAGUUAGUAGAGCAAGUGAUAGAAAAAGAGCGACCGGACGCUUUGCUACCCACCAUGGGUGGCCAAACGGCGUUAAAUCUAGCGGUGGCUUUAGCUGAAAGUGGUGCUCUAGAGAAGUAUAAUGUGGAGUUAAUUGGAGCUAAACUUGAUGCUAUAAAAAAAGCAGAGGACAGAGACUUAUUCAAGCAAGCUAUGAAAACUAUUGGUCUUAAAACGCCGCCGUCUGGUGUCGGGAAUACUCUUGAUGAGUGUAUUGAAAUUGCUAAUCAAAUUGGAGAGUUUCCAUUAAUUAUUAGACCGGCUUUUACUUUGGGCGGGACUGGAGGCGGUAUUGCUUAUAAUAAAGAGGAGUUUGAGGCAAUUUGUAAGGCGGGUUUGGCUGCAAGUUUAACUUCACAAGUUUUGGUGGAGAAAUCUUUAUUAGGAUGGAAAGAAUAUGAAUUGGAAGUAAUGCGUGAUUUAGCUGAUAAUGUUGUGAUUAUUUGUUCAAUUGAGAAUAUUGAUCCAAUGGGGGUGCAUACAGGUGAUUCAAUAACCGUGGCUCCGGCUCAGACUUUGACUGAUAAGGAGUAUCAAAGAUUGAGGGAUUAUUCAAUUAAGAUUAUAAGGGAGAUUGGAGUGGAAUGUGGAGGCUCUAAUGUGCAAUUUGCUGUUAAUCCUGUUGAUGGUGAGGUUAUGGUGAUCGAGAUGAAUCCUAGAGUUUCGAGGUCUUCAGCUUUGGCUUCUAAAGCUACUGGCUUUCCUAUCGCGAAAAUGGCUGCUAAGUUGUCAGUUGGGUAUUCAUUGGACCAGAUUCCUAAUGAUAUUACUAAGAAGACUCCAGCAAGUUUCGAACCUUCUAUAGAUUAUGUGGUGACUAAGAUCCCUCGGUUUGCAUUUGAGAAAUUCCCUGGUUCACAGCCAAUUCUGACAACCCAGAUGAAAUCUGUUGGUGAAGCCAUGUCGAUAGGUAGGACAUUUCAAGAGUCCUUUCAGAAAGCAGUUCGGUCAAUGGAGUUGGGAUAUUCAGGAUGGGGUUGCGGACAAGUUAAAGAACUUGACUGGGAUUGGGACCAGUUGAAGUACAGUCUCCGAGUUCCGAACCCAGAUCGCAUUCAUGCUGUUUAUGCUGCAAUGAAGAAGGGAAUGAAAGUUGAUGAAAUUCAUGAACUAAGUUUAAUUGAUAAAUGGUUCCUUACUCAGCUUAAAGCAUUGAUAGAUGUGGAACAAUAUCUUAUGACUAAGAGCUUGUCUGCUCUGACUAAGGAUGACUUCUAUGAGGUUAAAAAGCGUGGUUUCAGCGAUAAGCAGAUAGCUUUUGCUACUAAAUCAACUGAGAAGGAAGUUAGAUCUAGACGGCUGUCUCUUGGAGUUACUCCAGCAUAUAAGAGGGUGGAUACCUGUGCUGCAGAGUUUGAGGCUGAUACUCCUUAUAUGUACUCCUCCUAUGAUUUUGAGUGUGAAUCAGCUCCCACCAAAAAGAAGAAGGUUCUGAUUUUAGGUGGGGGACCCAAUCGAAUUGGGCAAGGAAUUGAAUUUGAUUACUGUUGUUGCCAUACAUCUUUUGCACUACAGAGUGCAGGAUAUGAAACAAUUAUGAUGAACUCAAAUCCUGAAACAGUAUCCACUGAUUAUGAUACAAGUGAUCGUCUCUACUUUGAACCCUUGACAGUUGAAGAUGUUCUGAAUGUAAUUGAUCUCGAAAGGCCUGAUGGAAUCAUUGUACAGUUCGGAGGUCAAACACCCCUGAAGCUGGCUCUGCCUAUCGAGCAGUAUUUAGAUGAACAUAAGCCCGUUGCUUCUAGUGGAGCUGAUCGUGUGCGCAUAUGGGGUACAUCACCAGAUUCCAUUGAUGCUGCUGAAGAUAGAGAGAGGUUCAAUGCAAUUAUUAAAAAGUUACAGAUUGAGCAGCCAAAAGGAGGCAUAGCUAAGAGUGAAGCUGAUGCACUUACUAUUGCAACAGAAAUAGGUUACCCUGUUGUUGUUCGUCCUUCUUAUGUGCUGGGUGGCCGCGCAAUGGAGAUUGUAUAUAAUGACGAAAAGCUAGUGACCUAUCUUGAAAAUGCUGUUGAGGUGGACCCAGAACGUCCUGUUUUGAUUGAUAGAUAUUUAUCUGAUGCCGUUGAGAUUGACGUGGAUGCCCUAGCAGAUUCAUAUGGUAACGUGGUAAUAGGUGGGAUAAUGGAGCACAUUGAGCAAGCUGGGGUUCAUUCUGGUGACUCAGCUUGCAUUCUUCCCACCCAAACUAUAUCAUCUUCCAGCUUGGCGACUAUCAGGUCUUGGACUACAAAAUUGGCAAAGAGUCUCAAUGUUUGUGGACUCAUGAAUUGCCAGUAUGCUAUCACAGCAUCUGGAGAGGUUUAUCUGCUUGAGGCAAAUCCUCGUGCUUCUCGUACUGUCCCAUUUGUCUCUAAGUCAAUUGGCCAUCCCUUGGCUAAAUAUGCUGCUCUUGUUAUGUCUGGGAAAUCACUUAAUGACAUUGGCUUCACAGAAGAGGUGAUACCAUCACAUGUGGCUGUCAAGGAAGUAGUUCUUCCAUUUGAGAGGUUACCUGGCUGUGAUGUGGUGUUAGGGCCUGAAAUGAAAAGUACUGGUGAGGGAAUGGGUAUUGAUUUUGUGUUUAGUCUUGCAUUUGCAAAAGCUCAAAUUGCUACUGGGCAGAAGCUACCACUUUCUGGAACCGUGUUCAUCAGCUUAAAUGACUUCACGAAACCCAGUCUUGAAAAACUUGCAACGGCCUUUUUACAACUAGGGUUUAAGAUUAUUGCGACUUCAGGAACAGCUCAUUUUCUGGAACUGAAAGGUAUCCCUGUGGAUCGAGUGCUGAAAAUGCAUGAGGGGCGUCCGCAUGCUGGUGAUACGCUUGCUAAUGGGCAAAUCCAAUUGAUGGUGAUCACAAGCUCUGGUGAUUCACUUGAUCAGAUUGAUGGGCGGCAACUGAGGAGGAUGGCUCUUGCCUAUAAGGUUCCUAUAAUAACAACAGUUGCCGGUGCAUUGGCAACUGCUGGGGCAAUAAAGAAAUUGAAAUCCUGCUCUAUUGAUAUGAUAGCCCUUCAGGACUUCUUUACAGUUCAGGUACAUGAAGAUAGUAGUAAAAACUUGCAAUCAGCUUCUUCUUCUCUAUGAUUUAUCGAUUGUGUUUGUUCUUAUUAGUAUGAAUUUUAUUUUAUUUAAAUCUAUGUUGUAUUUGAUCUUGUCUGCAAUGGAUUUGCUGUUUCAUCUAUUUCUUUGCAGUACUUUCAA